GGAGAUGCACCCACGUGUCCAUUCGCGUUUUCCGGCAAAUGAUUCAUUUUCUACCCUUCCCCUUUCAGUUCUGGAAUCCGUCGCUGUCCUUCCCCAAACUCCAAUCUCAAAGGAUUCAAUUCCCCAUGAUCGACCAAGAAUCAAACAAGGCAAUGGAAUCGACUCAGAAGUUGCAGUUUCUCACCGAUGAAAUCCAGAAGCUAGCACAAGAGAAGAAGAAGAAGAACCAAGAAGAAGAAGAAGAAGAAGAAGAAGAAGAAGAAGAAGAAGUCUACGGCGAUUCCAUCCCAUUAGACGACAAAGAUCGGCCUAUUCUCUCCAGACUGCUGUCCGAGUUGGAAUCGCUGAAAGGAGAAGGGACGCUGAAGCAACCCGGGUCCCCGCGAGGCGGAGAAGGCAGGUCGAGAAACCGUCGGGACAGCAAGAAAACAGAUGCAGAUGAGGAGCUAGUGAAGGAGAUUAGGAAGGUGAAGAGGCAGAACUUCAUCACCCACUGCCUGCUUUCUGCUCUGAUCGUGGUGACGCUGGGCUGGCAAGUCUCCGAGGUGUCCAUCGCCUUGGCGGUGAAGGACAAACUGAGCCAUCCAGUGAGGUCCUUGCUGAGCACCUUCUUUCCAGGCCGGGUUCGAAACGAGCAGGAUGGAGAGAGGAAGCGAUCUGCCGAGGAGACGGAUUCUGGUUCCACCAUCAAGAUGCCCGAGCUUCCCUGCGUGGAUUUCGGGCUCAGUGGCGACAAGUAGUCGUGGCAAGCCUUGGAAGCAAGAACAUUUUUGCAGUGUAUUUGUUGUAUCAAUCCAUUUUGUAGUCCCUUAUUUUUCUGCAGUUGGGGAAAACUGGGCAACGUUCUGUGUCUAUUUUGUCAUUAUCAUCAUUUGCUUGGUAGAAGGAUAUCUAUCAAGCAAGACAGGUCGAAGAAAGUUUCAAAGAUAUUCCAAUACUGCGACCAACCCGUUUCUUAAAUUUAAACACUAGUGUCAAGGAACAACUUUCGGCAACAAAGCGGUGAAGGAGAUUCGAACAAUAACCGAAAUUCCGAGUUUCCCAUUUGGAAUGUCCAGAACACAAGAGAAAAGAAGCAAACUGAUCAAAGAAAAACCCUGGAGAUUCAGGUUCACACAAGGACGUUUUCUCUCCUCCUCGAUCGAUGUCCUUCAAGCAUAGUUCAACCGGAAAAUGUCAUUAAACACAUAGAAGCUUCCUGUUGGUGUUGGCAUCAAAUGGAACAUCUGAAAAUGCAGAACCAUGAGGAAAAAAGAUGAUCAGAUCAGCAAGAGGGUUGAUGCAAAUCAGGUCUCCACCCUCAAAAUAUUUUACAGCAUAUCAACACAGCAAUGCACAAAAUUGCAAUCAAGAACAAGAUGUCUCAUACAAGACAAUGCCAGAGAAGCACUGGCUAGCGAAGUAGUGUUCACAUCGAUUAGCUAAACCUUAAACGUUUUGUAACACUGAAGACCUGAGUAAAGACCAUGAUCACGCCAUAAGCACUUGCAAGAUUGUAUGCAGUAAGAACUGGGAAAGAAACAUAGAGGGUCUCUAAAGUUGGAUCAAUCAGUUUUCCCACAAUCAUGGAAACGACAUUGAAUUUCUCUCUGCUAGACAACUGAAAUCCAAGGUUAUUGCAGGAAGUAUUGAAAGAAAAUAAGAUCCCAGUUGUGUGAUUGAUCAAUGGAAGCCAUCUCUCAUUCUCUCCAACCUCAAGAAACUAAGCCAUCCCAAAGAUAAAGGAUGCAAGGAAUCAUCAUGCAAUUAGCCAUAAAAACCAGGUUAAAG